AUGCACCUACUUCCGGUAUCAGUUUUGAUACUAGCGGUUGCCAUUGAGGCGAAAUCCAGGUUUCCGGAUCCGCCAGUUUUCGCAUCACCAGUCACAUAUCCCAGCAUUUGUUAUUUACCACCAGAUUCCGCACUGUGUGACACUUCAGCUAACUCAUCAGAAAUGGAUCUCAUGACCCGGUACUACUUCGACGUGGCAACACAAGAAUGCUAUCCAUUCGGUGUACAGAAAUGCGGAGGAAAUCAGAAUCAAUUCAACAAUCGUCUGGAAUGUCAGCAGUUCUGUAAAACUUCCGAGUCAACCUAG